AUGUCCACCGCCAAAUCGCGCAAUUUCCGCCGCCGCAGUGGCGGGGAUACAGAAGCCAAUGAAGAAGACGGCGACACCUCCACCCUCUCGUCCAAGCCCCCUUCCUCCGCCAAGCCCAAGAAGCCCCGAGCUCCCAAACUCCUCAGCUUCGCCGACGACGAAGAGAACGAAAACCCUCGUCCACGAUCCUCAAAACCUCAACGUUCCACGAAACCCUCUUCCUCUCACAAAAUCACCGCUCUCAAGGACCGAAUCGCGCAUUCCUCCUCCCCUUCGGUUCCUUCCAAUGUCCAACCCCAAGCCGGAACCUACACCAAAGAAACCCUCCGCGAGCUUCAGAAGAACACCCGAACCUUGGUCACCAGCAGCAGCUCCUCUCGUCCCGAGCCCAAACCCCCCGCCGAACCUGUCAUCGUCCUCAAGGGCCUCGUCAAACCUGUAGCUUCGGAGCCCCAGGGUCGGGAAUCGGACUCCGAAGGGGAUCAGAAAGAGGUUGAAGGCAAAUUGGGUAGCUUAGGACUUCAGAAUGGGAAGGACUCGUUCUUCCCCGAUGAACAAACCAUCAAGGCUAUUCGAGCGAAGCGGGAGCGCCUCCGGCAAGCGCGCCCCGCUGCGCCGGAUUAUAUUUCGUUGGACGGUGGCAGCAAUCAUGGUGCUGCCGAGGGGCUGAGUGAUGAGGAGCCGGAGUUUCGGGGCCGGAUUGCUAUGUUUGGGGAGAAGGUGGAAGGUGGGAAGAAGGGGGUGUUUGAGGGGGUGGAGGAGAGGAAAGUGGAUGUGAGGUUUAAGGAGGAAGAGGAUGAUGACGAUGAGGAGGAGAAGAUGUGGGAAGAAGAACAGUUCAGGAAAGGGUUGGGGAAGAGAAUGGAUGAAGGGUCUGCUAGGGUUGAUGUUCCUGUGCAAGGUGCUCAACAGCACAAGUAUGUCGUUCCCUCUACAUCAACUGUGUAUGGUGCUGUUCCAAGUGCAGCAGCAUUAGUGAGUCCUGGCAUUGGAGGAGCAAUUGAAUCGAUGCCGGCUUUUGAUGUCUUGCCUAUAUCGCAGCAAGCCGAGAAUGCGAGGAAAGCUUUGGUCGAGAAUGUGAGGAGGCUUAAGGAAUCUCAUGGAAGAACUAUGUCAUCAUUGAGUAAAACUGAUGAAAAUUUGUCUGCCUCCCUUUUGAACAUUACUGCACUUGAAAAUUCAUUAGUGGUAGCUGAUGAGAAGUACAGGUUUAUGCAAAAGCUCCGAAACUAUGUCACAAAUAUAUGUGACUUUUUACAGCAUAAAGCUUUUUACAUUGAGGAACUUGAAGAGCAGAUAAAGAAACUUCAUGAAGAUCGUGCAUCAACGAUUUUUGAAAGAAGAACAGCUAACAAUGAUGAUGAAAUUAUUGAGGUAGAAGCAGCUGUAAAAGCUGCAAUGUCAGUAUUAAACAAGAAAGGUAACAAUAUCGAAGCUGCCAAAUGUGCUGCUCAGGAAGCAUAUGCUGCUGUAAGAAAACAAAGAGAUCUGCCAGUUAAAUUAGAUGAAUUUGGUAGAGAUUUGAAUCUUGAGAAACGGAUGCAAAUGAAAAUGAGGGCUGAGGCUCGUCAGCGCAAGAGGUCAAAAGUAUUUGAUUCUAAUAAGCUGGCUUCCAUGGAAUUGGAUGAUCAUAAAAUAGAGGGUGAAUCAAGCACUGAUGAGAGUGAUAGUGAGAGCCAAGCAUAUGAGUCACAACGUGAUUUAGUGCUUCAGGCUGCUGAUGAGAUUUUUGGUGACGCUUCUGAGGAAUAUGGUCAAUUAUCUUUGGUCAAAAGAAGAAUGGAAGAAUGGAAAAAAGAGUAUUCAUCAAGCUAUAAAGAUGCUUAUAUGUCAUUGAGUCUUCCACUGGUCUUCUCUCCAUAUGUGAGAUUGGAACUCCUGAGGUGGGAUCCACUUCACAAGGGUAUAGACUUUCAAGAGAUGAAAUGGUAUAAAUUAUUGUUCACUUAUGGUUUGCGUGAAGAUGGAAAAGAUUUUGUUCAUGAUGGUGGAGAUGCUGACCUUGAACUUGUCCCAAACUUGGUGGAAAAGGUUGCACUUCCUAUUCUGCACUAUGAAAUUUCCCAUUGCUGGGACAUGCUUAGUCAACAGGAAACGAUGAAUGCCAUUGCUGCUACAAAAUUGAUUGUGCAACAUAUUUCUCAUGAAAGCGAAGCUCUUGCUGAUCUGCUAGUUUCCAUUCGAGCACGCUUGGCUGAUGCUGUUGCUAAUCUUACAGUCCCCACAUGGAGUCCACUGGUACUAGUUGCUGUUCCAGAUGCUGCUCGAGUUGCAGCAUAUAGGUUUGGUGUGUCUGUUCGAUUGUUGAGAAACAUUUGCUUGUGGAAGGAUGUGUUUUCAAUGUCUGUGUUAGAGAAGCUUGCUCUAGAUGAGCUUUUGUUUAGUAAAGUUCUACCUCACUUAAGAAUCAUAUCAGAAAAUGUUCAAGAUGCCAUAACGAGAACAGAACGGAUUAUUGCUUCCCUAUCUGGAGUCUGGGCUGGGCCAAGUGUCAUCGGAGACAGAAAACACAAAUUGCAGCCUCUGCUGACUUAUGUGCUAUCACUUGGAAGGAUUCUGGAGAGAAGAAAUGUACCAGAGAGUGACACAAGUCAUCUAGCUCGUCGAUUAAAGAAAAUACUUGUUGACCUCAAUGAAUACGAUCACGCUAGGACCAUGGCUAGAACCUUCCAUCUCAAGGAGGCAUUAUGA